GACAUGCGAGUCUACGUGUGUUGCAAGCACAGACCAUGAGCGACCCACCCGCAGUCAGCCAACGCCGAACCACACCGCUUCCGAUCUUGGGCACCCCGUCCUGGCCAGUCGCAGAAAGACCGCGUCAUUUCGGCUAGAUGUGGAGACAGAUUUGAGUGGAUCGUGAAUCUUGACCAAUCCGAAAAGACGAGGACCCUUCGACUUCGACCCUUUCCUUUUUGGUGGUGUCCUUCUGGAGCGGGGAAACGACUCCCCGGAUCGCCCAGUCCGCCCGGAUCAGCGCCCAUGGCGAGGCAGAGGUUGUGGGGCGACGCUCUGAGCAAGUUCUUUGCACCCAACAGCUGGGACAAGAAGAAGCUGAACAGGCUCUCCUGGGGCAUCAGCUUUUUGAUCUUAGCGAAAUGGUUGUGGGAUGAUGAACAGAUGAACCCGAAAUGGUUCCAGGAAGCCCCAACCUUGGUGGGCUUGCCAAAGGCUAGAGAGUUGGCGAGUGAGGAUUGGGAGCAGUGGAAUGCGGCGAUCGCGCCCAAGGAGCAACAGCUCGUGUGGAAGCCUGAGAGUUCGGAUCCGCAGAAAAAGCUCUGACAUUGAAAA